ACUUGACCAUUCCUGUGUGUUAUGUGUUUACUCGCAGUUUUCCCGUUCUCGUUUCGCCACUUUACAUUUCACGCUUUUUCCUGCAACCUCUUUCCUCCGUUGAGACAAAGCUUACGGGCCCCGAAGGCUGUUUCAGACGGGCAUUUACUGCGCAGUCGGACGGUUAGCGGUGCGGUGUCGUUCGGUUUUGUCCCGGGUGUAAACGGACAGAUCACCGAGAGCGAUGUUUCUGAUCGGACUGACGGGCGGUAUUGCGUCCGGUAAGAGUACGGUCGCCAGCAUCUUGGUUUCGCUCGGAAUCGAUGUCAUAGACGCGGACAAGAUCGCCCGCGAAGUGGUCGAGCCCGGAAAGCCCGCCUGGGUCCAGAUUCGCCGGGAGUUUGGCUCCGAGGUGCUACUCAGCGAUGGCCAACUCAACCGUCCCGCGUUGGGCCGAAUCGUGUUCAGCGAUCACGACAAGAGGCGCAGGCUAAACCGUAUCACCCACCCGGAGAUACACAAGGAAAUGUUCUUCCAGAGCCUCAAGCUCUUCCUCAAGGGUCGUCAGUUCGUGGUAGUCGACGUGCCGCUGCUGUACGAGACCAAGACGAUGUUGCGCUUCGUGCGCAAGGUGAUCGUCGUGAAGUGCUCGCCCGCUCAGCAAGUCGAGCGCCUCAUGCUGAGGAACGGCUUCACAGAAGAUGAAGCGAGAAAGCGCAUCGAGUCUCAGCUCCCAUUGGAGCAGAAGUGCGGCCUAGCCGAUUACGUCAUCGACAACACAGGGGACCCGGAUGCAUUGCGCGCUCAGGUCGAAGACGUCGUUCGCCAGCUCAGGGGAUCAUGGGCGCAUUGGAAAGUGCGCGGCGCCGUACUGGUCGUUAUGGUGGGGCUGUUAGCGGGUGUCGCGUGGUUGAUAGCUCGCGUCUCUAGUGCACUUUAUCUUUGAUCUAUAACGAGGCGCAAAGUACUUCUAGAAGGCUUCCAGAUCCUUCUGUACCUGAUUGUGCUAGCUCCUUAGACAGCGCAUUAUGAGGGUCCACCGCACUCUUGCAAAGCUGGAAGAAGUGAAUCGCGUACGCUAACGCAUUGAAAUGUUGGGCAUAAAAUGCAUGUUCCACUGCUUGACCAAAAAAAGUAUAUAGAUAUGUAUUCAUAACUCGGAAACUUGCGAAAAGGACUGUGCCUGUUAACUACUGGCAUUGCAAGCUCUAAACAUUAACUAAAUGCUCAUGACAUGGUAACACAACAGUGAUGUUAAAUAAUGCAUUUUACUAUCGGUACAGG